AGAAAAAAGACAACAAAUAUUUAAGUCACUCUCUAAGUCAGCGUAUAUUUUAAAUGGAGUUGUUGCUGACUUCUUGCAGCAUAUUGUCUGCAGGGCAAUUUGAAUUACUUAGCAACAAAGCAGCUCCGGUGCGAGCGCACUGCAAUGAGCUUUUGUUUACACUUUCCCUCUCCAGCCAUCGCCCGGCUGGCGGCGCUGGGCAGGGCCGCGCAUGGGCGGCCGCGGGCCCGGGGGGAGCGGGAACGGCCGGCCCUGUCCCCCGCCGCCGGCCCCGUCCCCCGCCGCCCGCCCCGUCCCCCGCCGCCGGCCCCGUCCCCCGCCGCCCGCCCCGUCCCCCGCCGCCGGCCCCGUCCCCCGCCGCCCGGCCUCGGGCUGCUCGUGUGUGCGCCUCGGCGGGAUUUACACAGUCCUUUCACCGACCGCACAGCCACACAACUGGAGAGGGGGCUUUCAAAAUGGGGUGGCAUGGAUGGGCAGCAGGAAAGAACCAUUAGGGUUAAACAGUUGAGAAUAGAUCCACUCUGUCCCGAAGUUUCAUCUCUCACACACUCACUUGCAAAGGUAGAAAACAAGAAGAAAUUUCCUUCUGUGCCCACAGCUCAGAACAGACCAUACUCUGCAAGUAAGGGGAAAAGAACAACUUCAAGUUCAAAAAUAAGAAACAUGGAAGUACAGAGUGCUGAUGGUGUUGCAGUACUGGAAGAUUGCAUAGGUUUUUCUUUAACAAAAACAAUAAGCAAAGUUGAAGAAAAACUAAAGAAAGGAGUCUUACCAGACUGUCAAGAUGAUGAUAUUAUUCCAAGGGUUGGAAAUGAAAUGGGAGCAGAAGCUCAAAUCAGAUUUCUUAAGGCAAAGUUACGUGUGACACAGGAAGAUCUGGCAAAUGUAGUGUUUGAGUGCAGGAAAAAGGAUGAUGAAAAUCAGAAUUUAGAAACUCGGCUUAAAGAUACUGAAGAGGAAAACUCAAGAUUGCAACGAACAAUCAGCCUGCAGCAGUCUCAGACUGAGAAAUACAAAGUGUUGUCACAAGAAGCAAACAAAAAAGCUGAAGGGUUACAACAAGAGGUCACUGCACUAGAAAAGGAAUUGGAGAAUCUAAAGCGUGCCCAAAAGCAGGCUGCAGCCACUCAGAGUGCAACAGAGGUUCGUUUAAACAGGGCCUUGGAAGAAGUGGAAAAAUAUAAAGUGGAGCUGAAUAAGCUGAAGCAAAGCAACAAGGAUGCAGCUAACCAAGAACUCAAAACGAUCGAAGAGUUAAAAACAGAAAACAAGAAACUGCAGAAACAAAAAGGAGAGCUAAUUACUGGUUUUAAAAAGCAAUUAAAGUUAAUUGAUAUUUUGAAGAGACAAAAGAUGCACAUUGAAGCUGCCAAGAUGCUUUCUUUUACUGAAGAGGAAUUCAUGAAAGCUCUUGAGUGGGGAAAUUAUUGAUCCCAUUAAAUAACUUCUGUUUGAAAGAUGAGUCAGAUGGGACAUUAUUUUGAGACUGUAUAUGAGUCCUUGUUAAUAGUUAAUAGUUGAUUUUGUUGAUUAUGCUUAUCUUUAAAUAGUUUAACUUUUGUAAGCCUGAUAGCUUCUGUUGUAAUAUCAUAUGAAACACAAAUUUCUACUCCAUUGUCAAGGCCAGACUGCCCACUCUGUAAGGAGCACAGACCAUGCAAAAAAUAUUCCAGCAAGUGAACUUUGUUAUCAGUUUGCUCUGUUCAAGCAUUUAAAACUGUACCUUACCUAUGGUAAUAUUCGGGCCAAGGAAGUCAGGAUUUAGUCUCCAAAAACUCCUUGUUGCAACAGAAAUAAACUAACCAGUGAUCCAGUUGAGAAGAAAAUGUCAUGUCCUUUUUAAAACACGUGGUUGGAAAAUUGGCCUUGUCUGUUCUCUGUAACAGAUCUCCCCUCAAAGCUAGCUGGUGUGGCAUCUAAUUUAAGCACCAACAGCUCUUUUAUAGAAAUGACCAUAACUUGUUUUAGCCAUUCCAUCUUAGCCCCUGGCUGGCGUAACCAUACCUGAGAGUUGCACUUCAUUGCCCAGACAGACUGCACAGUCCCAUGGACCUGUAUUGUGUAAAACUGCUCCUUCAGUCAAGGUGAAAGUGUUAAAUCUUUCCUGGCCAUCAGCUACUUCUUCAGGAUACAGGCAGGAGCAAUGACUCCAUAUUCACAGGUGCUCUACAAGCAUUACAUUCUUAAAAUUUUCAUUAGUCAUCAUUGUAAUCAAUAACUAGAAAACAGAUUCAGGGUAGAUGAGCUGAGCCUAUUGUGUGUACAUUAAUGAAUAGGAGCAACACAAGCCUGUGCUGCCUGUAUGAACCCCUGCCAGACCUCAGCUAUUUCAAUGGAUUCCUCCCUCAGAGUAAGUGAGUAAGAACAGGGGACAAAAGUAGUCAGUUUAUGCACUGCAAGAAAGGUAUAAACAGUACUUGUGACCUCAGAAUGGCACAACAUCUCUGCUUAGAUCCUACCACUGAAGUACCUCAGACCUACCUCGUGGAGAUGAGACACUACAUUGGGAUGGGGAUUGCAGCAGUG